CCAGUAUUCCAGCAAAACACAAAGAGAGAGAGAGGAAGUAGAGAGAGAAAGUGUAUUUUAGAGAGAGAAGCAAAAGAGUGUGUGUAUUGUGUGUGGAGCUUCUUUCUCACAUGGCCUCUAUGCCGCUGGGGCCGCAGCAACAGCUUGAACCACCGCAAGUGGCAACUCCGCCGCAACAGCUGCCGCAGGCGGAGAAUGACCCUAUGCAAGUGGACUCUCGCGACGGCUCUGACGCCGCCUCCAAUAAGGAAAUGUCUGCUCCCGUCGCAGAGGGUAAUGAGGCACAUGGACUCACUGGUCACAUAAUAUCAACCACAAUUGGUGGCAAAAAUGGUGAACCUAAACGAACUAUCAGUUACAUGGCCGAACGUGUUGUUGGCACUGGAUCAUUUGGAAUUGUUUUCCAGGCAAAGUGCUUGGAGACCGGAGAGGCAGUGGCCAUAAAGAAGGUCUUGCAGGACAGGCGAUACAAAAAUCGGGAACUGCAGUUAAUGCGCAUGAUGGAUCACCCAAAUGUAGUUUCCCUGAGGCACUGUUUCUUCUCUACAACAAGUCGAGAUGAACUUUUUCUGAACUUGGUGAUGGAAUAUGUCCCUGAGACGAUCUUCCGUGUUAUAAAGCACUACAGUAGUAUAAACCAGAGAAUUCCCCUGAUCUAUGUGAAAUUAUAUACAUAUCAAAUCUUUAGGGGACUGGCAUAUAUCCACACCGUACCAGGAGUCUGCCACAGGGAUGUAAAGCCUCAAAACCUUUUGGUGGAUCCAGUCACACAUCAAGUCAAGCUUUGCGAUUUUGGGAGUGCAAAAGUUCUGGUGAAGGGUGAAUCAAACAUCUCAUACAUAUGUUCACGGUACUAUCGUGCCCCAGAACUAAUAUUUGGUGCGACAGAGUACACAACAUCUAUUGAUAUCUGGUCAGCUGGUUGUGUCCUUGCUGAACUUCUCCUGGGCCAGCCUUUGUUCCCGGGAGAAAAUCAGGUCGACCAACUUGUUGAAAUUAUCAAGGUUCUUGGCACUCCUACUCGAGAAGAAAUUCGAUGCAUGAACCCUAACUAUACAGAUUUCAGAUUCCCCCAUAUCAAAGCUCAUCCUUGGCACAAGGUUUUUCACAAGCGAAUGCCUCCUGAAGCAAUUGACCUUGCAUCAAGGCUUCUCCAAUAUUCACCAAAACUUCGUUACAGCGCAGUGGAAGCAUUGGCACAUCCUUUCUUUGACGAGCUUCGCGAGCCCAAUGCUCGGCUACCAAAUGGUCGUUCACUGCCUCCACUUUUUAACUUCAAACAGGAAUUAGAUGGAGCUCCUCCUGAACUGCUUCCUAAGCUCAUCCCGGAGCAUGCCAGACGGCAAAUCGGUCUUGGCUUGCCGGACACCCAAACUCAAAUGUAAAGAGAUAGUGAAACAUAGAGUCAACCGUUGUAGUGAUUAGCGUGAAAUACAUCAAUAGAACAGGGGUCAGUUCCAAAAUAUGCAAAGUUUUAAUCCCGUUGUGAAUAUAUAUAUAUAUGUAUGUAU